AUGACACUGUUGGACAACAGGACAGAAGUGACACACUUCCUCCUGAUUGGACUCACUGAUGAUCCAGGCCUACAGCUUCCCCUCUUCAUGAUAUUUCUCUUCAUUUACACUAUCACCCUGAUGGGAAAUCUGGGGAUGACCUUGCUGAUUGUCCUGGACUCUCGUCUCCACACACCCAUGUACUUUUUUCUAUGUAAUCUGUCCUUGGUUGAUUUUUGCUACUCUUCAGCAGUCACACCCACAGUCAUGACUGGGCUCUUAAUUGAAGACAAGGUCAUUUCCUACAGUGAUUGUGCUGCUCAGAUGUUCUUUUUUGCAGGCUUUGCUACUGUGGAAAAUUACCUGCUGGCCUCAAUGGCUUAUGAUCGCUAUGCAGCAGUUUGUAAGCCACUACAUUAUUCUUCUACCAUGACUACCAGUGUAUGUAUAAGUCUUUCAAUAGUUUCCUAUGCCUGUGGUUUCCUGAAUGCCUCCAUCCACAUUGGAGACACUUUCAAUCUUUCUUUCUGUGGGUCCAAUAUAGUCCAUCAUUUCUUCUGUGAUGUUCCAGCAGUCAUGGUUCUCUCUUGUUCUGAUAGACAUGUCAGUGAGCUGGUUCUUGUUUAUGUAGUGAGCUUCAAUAUCUUUGUUGCUAUCUCUGUUAUCUGGAUAUCCUACAUAUUCAUUUUUAUCACAAUCUUUAAAAUGAAAUCAAGUGCUGGAUAUCGAAAAGCUAUAUCCACUUGUGCCUCACAUUUCACUGCAGUAUCCAUUUUCUAUGGGACAAUCAUAUUCAUGUACAUGCAGCCCAGCUCCAGUCAUUCCAUGGACACAGACAAAAUUGCAUCUGUAUUCUACACCAUGAUCAUCCCUAUGCUGAACCCUCUGGUCUAUGGCCUGAGGAACAAGGAGGUUAAGAGUGCAUUCACAAAAAUGUUGCAGGUAGCAAAAUAG